CGAAAACCACAGUUCGGGCUCCAUCGCGGCCGCGGCACCAAAUCGGCACAUCUCGACUGCACCGACGCGUUCCGAACCCAACAUGAGCCAGCCAUGCCUUAGAAACAUGAGCUGCAAAUGCCCACUGUGCAUGGGCGAGGACGUGUCUGCACUCCUGGCGAUCACCAAGACUAUCACGUCCAACAUCACAUACACUGAGCCCGGCGAAGAAGACGCGGCGCCACCGCCCACGGCGAAAAGUGGUUUCAUGGCGAACUCGCCUCCAGCAAAACCCGCCCCUGCGCCACGUCAAUCGCUCAAGUCCCGCAUGUCAAAACCUGCCGCUGCUCCAGUGGAGAAGUUACCUCCACUCGACUUUCAAGAUGUCGACAUGAGCUCGUCUGCAGUUCUUGAAACAGCACCCUUGUCAACAUUACAUCCUCCUGUGGAAGAAAACCAAGCACCUUUGCCGCCACCGAUCUCAUCUGGAGGGGAAGCGCCACCAGAAUAUGCAGGAGAUGACGACGCAUCUUCACGUCGUGCGGCGAGCAGCGACGACGCGCCGCUUCAAAUGGAACAACUGGAGGCAAAAGUCGCCGACAAGAACUGGAAAGUAAGGAAAGAAGUGUACGACGACUUGAAAGCUGCGUUUGAGUGCGGGCGCGCCAUCGAAGGCGGUAAUGUGACGGAACUGUUCGGCAAGUUCGUGGACGAUUCGAAUGCAGCCGCGAUGGAGUGCGGGCUCGCGGCAGUUCUCGCGUACACUGUCCAAGCGAGCGCCCACCAAUGGAACAAUGCAAUCGUCGGUCGCGUAAUGCCCAAGGUUAUCGACAAAGGCUUUUCGGGCCGGCCCGGGACAGUCAAGCUCGCCGAGGAGCUCGUGCUGGAGUUUGUCCAUUUGGGGAGCGCCGAAGAUACCAUCACGGCACUGCUGGAAGGAACGAAGAACAAAAAACCCAAGGUCCCGCCGCUCUGUGUCAAUUCGAUUCUCGAGUGCUUCAAAGCGUUUGGCCCGCGCGUCGUGCCGGUGGUCGCUGUGAAAAAGGAGCUCAAGGCACUGUGCGAGUCCACUGUGAACAAUGUGCGCCCUACCGCGUUAAAGCUGAUCGGGGAGCUCUAUCGGUGGACUGGCCCCACCCUCGUCCAAGACAUCGUGGCGAGUCUCCGCCCAGCCCAGCAGACCGAAUACGAAGCCAUGAUCCACGAAAUCACGCCCGGUCAAGCAGUGCCGACGCGGUAUCUGAAGGGGAAGGAGCCUAAACCGGCCAGUGCGACUGCGACCAAGGCAGGGGGCGGCAAAGGAGCGGCCACAGCAAAGACCGACGGCGGUGGGUUCGACCCGCGCGAGUUUGCCGAGACUGUCAACCUCCUCGAUCGGCUGCCGAAAACCGAAUACAAGGCCAAGAUGGCCCUCCCCAAGUGGAGUGAAAAGGUCGAAGCGCUCAAGAUCAUCCUGGACACGAUCGGGUCGGUGCCAAAGCUUGCGAACGGCGACUACAGCGACCUCGUCCAAACCCUCAAGUUGUGCACGCAAGACUCGAACGUGAACAUCGUGGCCAAAUCGAUUGAGGUCCUCGGGGUUCUCGCGGACGGCCUCCGCCGCAACUUCUCUCAGUACGCUCGCAUUUUGCUGCCCGUCCUCCUUCGCAAGCUGUCGGAUAAGAAAUCGAACGUCCUCGCGGCGACGCACCAGGCCCUUGACAUGUUCCAGCAGCACGCAUUGCCCAUCGACAACAUGAUGGACGAGCUCAAGGUCACGAUCGAAGGCGCGACCAACAAAGUGCCGGCGUCCCGUGCCCAAGGCGUCCUCUUCGUCGAGCGCUGCAUAUCGAAGCAAACCGUCAAUGUCGCUGACGCCGCCCUCAUGAAAACGUGUGGCGAACUCUUUGCCAACUGCAUUGAAGACCCCGACCCGGCACUGCGCAAGGCCGGCGUCGACGCCAUGGUGACGUUGGUCAAGUCAUCGUCGCAAGCGAGCCGCUUUGUGAAGAAUACGCUGGACGUCCUCGAGAAACGCCAGGCGCGUAGCUACAAAGUGAUUCAAGCCGCCAUGGGCAGUGAUGCCGGGGCUGCGGAACCUGCUGCCCCCAAGCAACAAGCGGGCUCAGUGCCCAAGGUGGCAACCGCGUCGGCCAGCUCGGUCCCGAAGGAGGCCUCCAAAACGCCGUCGGCGGCGCCGCCUGCCCGCGCCAACUCGCUGAAAAAGCUCCCAUCAUCGUCGUCGGCCGCAGCGCCUGCUAAGCUCGGCAAGUCCGCGUCGAGCAAAGCUGUCACUGCAUCGUCGGACACGAUCGCACUGACCCCUCAAGAGGCCGAGUUCCAACUUGAAAAUCUCGACCUGGACGGGUGGACGACGGCUGUGGUCCCCAACUUUCAGAGCGCCAAGUGGACGGACCGCAAAGCCGCGUUUGAAGCGCUGGAAGGAGCGUUUCAACUCGUGUCAUCCGAUGUGCCGACGGCCAAUUUGGACGCGGUCGUUGUGUAUGUGGCGGCACAGUCCAAGAACUUUAAGGAGUCGAACGUCCAGGUGCUCAAGAGCGCGUUUCAAGCCGUGACAACGAUCGCCGGGCUCUGCGACUCGAUGGGUGCCGGCGUCGUGUCGUAUGUCGUGCCGCCCGCCGUGGAAAAGAUGGGCGAUCGCAAAGUGAGCGAGACCGUGCGACCCAUGUUCAUGACGUUUGGCGAACUCGUGGGACCCGCGGCGGUGCUGACCGCCAUGUUUGGGCACAUGGCGGUAGUGAAGACGCCGCUGGCGCAGCUUGAAUGCCUCGAGUUCGUCAACGAGUGCGUGAAGGAGUUUGGUGUGACCGUGUGCAACCCGCGAGGGAUUAUCGAGUACGCCAAGGGCCCGUUCGGCAUGGAAUCGAGCAAUCCCAAGUCGCGGGUGUCGGCGAUCGCGUUGUUUGGGACGCUGUACAACCAGCUGGGUGACGGCAUGCGGCCGCUGCUCAACUUGGACGCGUGGAAGCCGUCACUCAAAGACACGGUCGAGGCAGAGUUCAAGCGAGUGGGGUACACUGCUAACGCAUUCCGAGCCACCCGUGCGGUCAAGUGCGACGAAGGAGCGGGUGGCGGCGGUGCGGCGUCUGGCGGCGGCUCGCUGUUUGGCCGCGUCGACAUCAGCGCCAAGAUCACAAAGGAACUUCUUGCGGACAUGCAAAAUGAAGACGACAAGGUUGCGUGGAAGAAGCGGUUGGACGCAAUGGAACAAGCGCAGCGCCUUUGCGAAGAAGCGGGGCUCAGCAUCGAGUUGACGAAGGCCGUGAUGGACCUGAUGAAGUCGCUGAAGGCUCGUUUGAGCGACUCGAAUGCGAAUUUAAAGACAAAGGCGGUCCAAGUGAUUGGCGUCGUCGCGACCAGCAUCGGCCCGUCAGUGUCCAAGCUGGCCAAGCUCGUCGGCAACAACUUGGUCGUCGGUGUCUCGGACAACAAGAAAGCGAUGCAGCAAGCGUGUCUCGAAGCGCUUCACAAAUGGGUGGUUCACAACGACGUAGCGUCAGGAAGUUGCUUCGACUCGUUGCUGCCAUUCGUAGCCGAGGCGCUAAAGAACCCCGUCGGUCGCGCCGAGUUGCUCGGGUGGACGGUGGCCAUGACGCAGUUGAUUUCGGACAGGUUGGAUCUCCGCCCGCUCGUGGAAAACACAAUCGAUGCGCUGCUGGACAAGUCGACGGAAGCCCGCGAAAAGGCCCAGCUCCUUCUCGUGGACGUGUUCAAGAGCGUAGGCAAGGAUGCCGUCCACGCUGGCUGCCGCGACAUCUUGCCCGCGAAAAUGCGCACAUUGAAGCCGAUGAUUGACCGAGCGGCCACCGCCGCGUUUGGCAGCGGUACAGCAGUCGAUGACAAACCCGCCAGCGCCAAACCGGCAACGUCGUCCCUCGCUCGGGCGAGCAGCACGGUCGGCGGUGCGCGAACUCCUGCCUCCGCACCGUCGCCGAAAGCGAUGACGUCCAUCCCGCGUUCGUUGUCGACAGCGAGCACGUCGUCGUCUGCGUCGGCGCCGCCUGCAGCUCCCGCAACGUCGCUCCUCAUCUCAAGCGACAAACUAUCCCGCUUGGAACGGAAUCGAAAGAACAAAUGGAUCUUUGACCCCGCCGACCCCGCCGAACUGCUCGCGCGAAAGGGGCAGGUUGAAACGGAAUGGUCUGCGCUGGUCCAUUCGACUUUACGCGCCAAGUUGUUUGCACCGUCGUACGAAAAGGGCAUGAUGCAAGCGAUCGACGACUUGUCGGCGUGCGUGACGGCGCAGCCGGACGAAGUAUUUGAAUCCCUCGACUUGAUCCUCAAGUGGUCGACGCUGCGAAUCGUCGACAACAAUGUGCAAGCGCUGGUGAAAAUGCUCGAUUUGCUGGUCAAACUGUUCCAAAUGCUUGUGAACUACGGAUGGGAACUGGACGAUGUCGAAGCCGCGAUCUUCCUCCCGUAUUUGUGCCAGGAAUCGGGGCAGCAAAAGCCCCGCUUCCGCAUGCGCUUCCGCGACGUUCUCCGCCUUGUCGUGCAAGUGUACCCGUCGGCCAAAUUGACCCCGUACCUGCUGGACUGCAUCACCAACUCGAAGAACUCGAAGAGUCGAUCCGAGUGCUUGGACUUGAUUGAGUACAUCGCUGAGACCAAGGGCCAUGCCGCCGUCGGCCGCAAGACGCUUCGUGACAUCGCCAAGUACGUCGACUGCUCGGAGAAGGAAGUACGAGAGAGUGCCAUCGCCGCCGUCGUGCGCAUCUUCACCCUCGUCGGUGACGCCAACACGGACCGGUUCUUCACGCUGUGCAACAUCUCGAGCCAGAAAUCCAUGGACCUUGUCCUCCAAAAGAUAAAAUAUCUCCCGACAGCGGCCUCCAUCCCGUCGGGUCCCAAGCCAACCGUGCCAUCGUCGUACCAGCGAUACGCGUCCGCCCCGGUGGACGAACCGGCGCGGGAGCCACCUCUGUCGACGACCCACGACCAGUCCGCUAAAACGUCGCGAUUCGAACGACCGGUAACCCCGAUCAAGGUCCACACGCCAUCGUCGGCGCAUCCGCCUGGCUACGCCCAGCCGCCGCCAACGACGCUGUUGCAACGGCCGGCCACCCCCGCCAAGUACCAGCCCUCGUCCACCAGCCAGCACGACGGAACAAGGCAGGUCGACAUGCCGUUGUCUCACACGCCGUCGGCAGUGCCGUUCCGGAGCGACUUGGGCGUGACGCCCGUCGCAGCGACCACCACCCGCACGGACAUGCGCACGGUGUUGUUUUUGCCGCUCGAGCGCCUCCUGGUGAGCCAGCGGGAACUGACGGUCAACCUGGACGCGUUCGCUGCUGGCAAGGACGCGCUCAAGUCGAUCUACUUUGUCGCGUCGUCAGGCGACGACCUGUUCAUGCAAGAAAACGUCAACGAGGUCGUGCUCCGCGUGUGCCACGUCCUCCAUGCCGCGUUCGGCAAGCCCAACAUGGAACUGAACGUUGUGUCGUUGUGUGUGGCGACCGUCGCCAACAUUUUGAAACACGCGGCGUACGCGAGUCGCAUCGAGCGCAUUGCCAUCGAACGCCUGCUCUUGGAAGCGUGCAUGGGCUUUCUCGACCCGCGCCUCGACGACAUCGAAGCGACGCUGUCCAACCGGAUCAUGGUCGCGCUCAACAAGCUCAUCAUGACCACGGCGUACGCGCUCCGCAUCGGCGAAGUGUGGCCAGCCAUGCUCGUCGUGCUCGAACGCCUUGUGAGCGGCAAGGUUGACGAGUACAAGAUCCACGACAAGGUGAACUUGCUCACGGACAAACCGACCCUCGCCCGCGUCGUGGCCAAGCUCGUGGUGAAGACAACGCGGCGAGAACUCGCGCUGCCGACCCCCUUUGCCAACGUCGAUGUGGCGAGUGUCCUGCACACCAAGCACCGCUUUUUUACCACUUGUGCGGUCUUGGCUUCGGAUGCAAACGACGACGGCGUGUGGGCCAACAACGCGAUGAAAACGAGUUUGAAGCACGCGGCCGAUUUCUGGGGCGCAUCGGAGGACCGGCGCCCAGCGUUCCAAGCUGCGCUGAACGACCUGCCGAUCUCGUCACCUAUCCAUCGCAUGCUGAUGCAGAUCGCGCCGAAUGUGUUUACGAUUCCAUCCCCCGACGCCGCCGCGCGGGGCCUGACCAACGCGGUGCAGCUGUUUUCGACGACAACGGACCCGGCGACGAAACUCCAGGCCGCGAUGACGAUGGUCGAGGUCAAGAUGAACUCGGAUGCUGCCGCGAUGGAUGUCGAUGCGUCCAAGAAGGACGACCUGCGCCAGUCUUUGGAGAAGCUCGACAUGGCAGCGUACAACCGAACGGCGGCGUCUGCGACCGACUCGGCCAUCAAGUGUGCGCUGACCCGCACCAACAUCUUUAAAGACCGUAGCUUGGAGGUCAGUGCCGCCCCCACUGCGUCGAGUGGCGACCAGCCACCCAAAUCGAUGGCGCUGAUGGAUCUGAAGCAGCGCCUGGCGCGGAUUCAAAUGCACUGACCGACCAUCGAGUCGCAGUAGGUAGAACGUAGUCUGUCCGAUUAAUUAACAUGAGAAAUGUCCAAAGUUGUCGCUUCUCAAGGGCAGGCGUCGGCUCAACUCGUGCAGGUCUUCCACAGAGAUAUGGUGGCACCCUUCGCCGUUCGCUCUCUUCUCGCCCUCCCGUCAGCCAUGCAUGUCAUCGCAGGUCAUGUUGUGUCCACCAUGCACUGGCUUCAGCAGUGCCGCACACUUCAUUCAAAACCCUUGUGGACAUGGCUUUCGGAUGUCCGC